AACUGAAAGCAUCACUGUCAUCCCUGGAACUAAAAGUCAGAGAUCUUAAAGAUUUACAAACCAAGAAUGAGACAGAAUUCCUGGAGAUAGAAGAAUGUGCUGUUAAUUUGGAAAAAUACAUUGCAAAAGAGUUUGUAAAACUGCACCAGUUCCUUCAUGACAAGGAGCAAAAACUCAUUCAACAACUUGACAGCAAAUCGUCAGAAAUUCUGAAAGAGAUGGAAGAAAAAUUUGAAUGCAUUAAAACAGGUGUCUCAGAAAUCCACUCAGCAGUGUCUGAUAUUAACUUUGGAUUCAAAAAAGAAGUAGACAUUCUGGAAGAGAGAGAUGACACAGACAAUCUGUCAACCACUGGGGAAUCGGUGCUGAAUGACACCUCAGAACAUGGGAAACACAAAACGAAUGGAGUUCUAUCAGCUCCAGAAUCCUUUGAGGAUGUUGCUGUUACUUUCUCAGCAGAGGAGAUGAAGAUGUUAACAAAACAAGACAAGGAGCUUCAUAAGGAAGUGAUGUUAGAGAACUAUGAAACCUUAGUUUCAGCAGGUAGGUCUUGUCCCAUCUUAAGGAGUGGUCUUUGUUCUGAGAGUUAUGAGUACCUUAUUAAAAUGCUAUGCUGA